GCGAACGGCGACGGUCUUGCAAUCGCGCAGACGCCGAAGGAACGUAAUUAUUUUAAACCCUGAACGUCCAAAUUUUUCCGGUUUUGAACUUCGGGUUUGUUUGAAUAGGUGGUUUAAUUGGAAGCAGUUUGUUUUGAGCGAAUGCAAAUCCCAACAGAUCAUUCACAAAACUCCGAAAUUAUUUAGUUUUUGUGCUAUUCUCACAUCCAUCGUAUAUACGGACGUUUUACUGUUUUUAGAAAUUGAAUAACUCAAGGCGGAGAUCAACACAAUGUCGGCCGCUAAUCAGCCUUCCCAAGGACAGAGGAAGGACCAGCAUGUGAAAGUGACAAGCCAUAGAAACGCUGGAUUCCUCGAGCGCUUGAGCCAGACAAGCGGAGGAAUGCUGAUCGGCAUCGGGCUGUUUGCCCUGUCUUUUUAUGUACUCUUCACUAACGAGGGAAGGGCUCUGAAGACGGCAGCUUCCCUAGAUGAGGGCCUGUCUCUGGUGGUGCCCCUGGACAAUAUUCAUAGUGUUGACCCUCAGAACAAUGGAAAGCUGGUGCACUUGUCUGGGCCCCUGCGGACACCUCAGCCUUUGAACGACCCUAACUACAGAAUCAGCGUCCAUGCAGCCAAGCUGAAGCGGGAGGUUGAAAUGUACCAGUGGGUGGAGUACCAAGAGAGCAGGGACUAUGAAGAAAAUGGCGAACGGAAGACUGAAACAACAUAUACGUACAAUACGGAGUGGAAGUCUGAGGUGAUCAACAGCAGGAAUUUUGAUAAAGAGAUAGGUCAUAUCAACCCCAGUGCCAUGGCUGUGGAGUCUGUCACCGUUGUGGCCCCAGAUGUCUCUGUGGGGAGCUUUGUCCUUUCCAAAAGUUUGGUGGACAAGAUUGAUAACUUCAAGAAGCUGAGCCUGGCUGGGCUCCCACCCCCCGAUUUCUUUAUGACCACGGAUGGCGAUUACUUCUACCACACGCAGAACCCCCGCAGACCUGAGGUCGGUGAUGUGAGAGUGUCCUUCUACUACGCUGGACUGAGUGGAGAGGGGACAUACCCAGGACCUACUCAGGUGGUCAGUAUUGUGGCUCGUCAAAAGGACAACUGGCUGGUUUCCUACCGGACAAAGUCUGGGGAUGUUCUUGAGAUCCUAUACCUUGAGGAGCUUUCUGCACAGGAGGUGUUUGAGAAGGAACAGGAAAGCAACAGACUGAAGACCUGGGCUCUGCGUGUAGCGGGCUGGCUGCUGAUGUUCUUGGGGAUCAGUCUGACAAUCCAAAUCUUUCACACCCUGGUGGACUGGCUGCCCCUAGUUCGUGAACUGGUGAGCCUGGGCCUGAAGCUCUUUGCCUUUUCAGUGGCCACCUCACUGUCUCUGCUGACCAUUGCUGCUGGGUGGCUCUUUUACCGCCCCCUAAUUGCCACUCUGUUGGCAGCUCUGGCCAUUGUGCCAGUUAUCCUUGCCCGCACCAGAGUGCCACCCAAGAAGAUCCAGUGACAGGAGAGGAGUAAGAGAGACCCAAGAACCAGGGAUGAGUAUAGGUCUUAUUUUUGACCAUGGAUAAAUUGCCAAUUUUGUAUGUAUUAAAUGGACAUAUAUUAAGUGGAAAUUUGAGUUCAGAAAGUGUUAAUGUUCUCUUUCCUUGCCAAAGAAUGUACGUCUAGUGCCUUUACGAACAGUCCUUCAAGGGGAGUUAAUGCUUAUGACUUAUGGGAGCUUAUGGCAUAUGGAUCUGAUACAUGCAGGUGGGGUAAGAAGCUCUUCUGCCACAAAUGUUUUUAUUUUUAUAUUCUUUUAAAGUACACUGUGAAGUGCAAGAAUAAAGUUUGACAUGAUACAUGAAAAGAAGAAAACUUAA